AUGUACACUGGUCGAUAUUCAGCCACGUCGGUAACCAGUGGGCGGGGUGAGAGCAGCGCGAGUGCCCUGUUUCCUUCGCAGCGCAAAGCGGGCUCUCAUUCAACACGACCACAGACUGCCAGCAGCAUCGAGAGCAGGUGGACGAACGGAUCAGGAACGCACAACAGGGGCUAUUCUCCCAUGUCUACGGAUGUGGAUGAGGACUCAUCUUCGGCUUCGAUCAGGCACGCGCACAGAUCACAGCAUGCAAACACCUUGUCACCAGUAGACCGGCGCGGGUCUUGGGACACCUCUUCCAGACUGUCAGAUGAAGCCAGCUCUUCUCGUGCUGCGAACAGCCCCGGGCUCGAUCCCAGAAGAGAGCGCGAGCUACCGCCUCUGCCACCGCCAAACGAUGACGAUGACGACGAUCCUCGAGAUAGGAACAAUGCAGCACUAUAUUCAUCUCAAGACUCGACUAUCAUUUCGCAAGAUCGCUUCGGCAACCCGACAUUCCAGAAGCGUGGCAAAGUGGCCAUGCGUGCGGCUGGACAGGAAGCGAUGAAAAUGGGCGCCGGCUUGCGCAAGCUGGCGGGCAAGGCAGGUGCUGCUUCAGUAGCCUCUGCUCAACGAUGGCGGACACACUCUCGACCUGAUCAGCCGCCGUCGUCUUUGGCAACGACCGAAAAGACUACCAGUCGAAGCGGGUCAGGUGGAGGGGGUGGGAUCAGCAGCGGGUUGCGAAGGCUGAACGGCCUCGCGUCCAAAUCUGCAGUCGACCUGACUUGGUCCGAGCAGCGCAAUAAAGCGCGCAAUCGAAGUGCACAGAAGACCAUAGAGGUCCCAGAAUGGGAUGCUUCCUUGCCACUGUUCAGGGACGACGCCGGGAUCAGCCUUCCCACGAACGUGAAGCACAACGUGCAUGUAGAUGUCGGCCCGAUGGGUUACACUGGUCUGCCAGCCUCUUGGGCUGAUACAUUGGCACAAUGCGGCAUGGAUGCGGAGGAUGUCAGGGCGGACCCAAAGGGCGCAGCCGAUUUGAUCCGCAAGCAUACUGCUUACUACGUCCAACAGGAGGCUCAGCGAGGUCAAGCGCCGGAGACGACGCGCGAGCUGCUGCGAUCGCGGCUCGGGGACUAUGAGGACUUGCACAGCGCGAUUAGCACUCCUGAAACGGAAGAGUGGGACCAGUCCCCUGCUGACAGACAAGCUGCUGGUUCGAGAACGAGCAACAAUGAUGUGCGACAAAGUGUGUCGACCACCUACUCGAGCGUCUUGAAUCGUGGAUGGGCGACGAGCCCCUCUUGGGACGACGCUCCUUCGAUGCCGUCUUCGCCCAACAACCGGAUAGAAUCGUUGAGGCAGUCAAGUCCGCUUCUGCCCGAGGUGGGCAGCGAUGAGGAUUGGGGUGCCAAUCUGAUUGGUGCAUUGCCGCGUGGCCAGGACGCAAAGCUACGAUCGCGCUCUGGCAACUCUAUCAAGAGCUCCGCUCAGACUACGGCGCCGCAGCGCCAGAUUUUUGCUGCCAAUGCACCGACGCGGCCGCUUGGAGGCAACGCGCUCACGGUCUCACCUGAGGACGACGUCAAGAACGCUCAAAUCUCGACAGCGAGCAAGGCUUUGACGGGAAAGCCUCGAGCCUUACGAAUGUCCGAGCUUGCUAGUCGGAGAGAUGCAUCCCGUCCGGGGACAGGACAAAGCAGCAGACCUGGAACGGCCGAUACGCAGCGUGCAGCAAGCUCUGCUGACCAUGGCAUAGCUGCCUCGGAAGCACACGCAGGGUCGGACUCGAGUCACUCGCAGACCAGCUCGUGGCUUCACUUUUCUCAAAAUGGCGGAAAGGUCUUGCAGGUGCCUCAGUCUGCCGAAGCCCAGCCUCGCAGCGCUCCCGCUUCUGCUGCGGCAAGGACCAUCGCGCCAAGCAUCUCUCCAGCCCUUUUGGCCGCGAGCGGCGGACGUAACGGAUACCAAGCCCAUGUCGCGCCACUGAAGGGUUCCAACUUCACUUUGCGCAAUCUCAAUGCCACUCGUUCGACUCCUUCACUCCACCAAGGCAGUGUAGCUUCAAGUCCGCCUCCACCGCUUCCUGUCUCUGCAGCUGCGGAAGGGUUUUACGUACCGAAGAGCGCAGGGAUCCGUGCUUCGGGCGCGAGCCGCGUCUCCAAUGGCAGUUCAGCCCACAGCGAAGCCGUUAUUGGGCCAGCCCUCGUUGAGCGCAGGCAACAGUCGGGCCAGUGGAGCUCAGCUCGGACGCGAAGUCGCGCAGGUAGUCUCGCCAGCAGUGUAGAGGCCUCUCAUUCGGACUCGCAGUACAGCGCGGAGCCUGCCGGUCAACCACAAAGCCUAAGGGAACGGCGCGGAGCUGGAUCGCGCAUACAUCCGCCCAGCGCGAGUAAGCGCACCAGCAACGGACUGGUAAGCAGUGACGAUCAGCAAUCCCCAUCGCCCGUCUCGCUGAGGUUCACGCGUCCGGAUGGCGGCGCCGAGGCUCUUCGGCUGAACGCCGUCGAGACAAAACCAGAUUUGUCUACCGGCUCAGGCUGGCUGGUCUUUCCCGGUCAAGGCCCCAAGUCGCCUCACACUCCUCUCAGCGCACGCUCGCGACAGGGCUCUAAAAGCUCCACCUCCUCGGACACGCGAAAGUUUCCUGUGGAAUCUGCUCCGGUCGUCAAUCCUACCCGAGGUUCGCGGCGGUCUAGCAAAGCCGACAGCGCAGAUCACCCGCCUGUACUGCCUCCGAAGGACUCGAGUGCGCCAAGCACUCCGCAGCGCUCGCCUGCUUUUGCACCCCAAGAUCGAUCCGUGGCCGCUGAGGCCGAUCUGACGAACGGGCUAGGCGAGCGGUCAACCGCACAGCGCAGCCCAGUAACGCCUCUUCGAUCUCGAGAGCCGCCUCCUUCGUCUUGGGGCACCACCGGGUCUCGUCCCAGCGGCAGCGCUCACGUGCCGAAGCUUUCUGUCAAUCUGCGGUCCGGAAAGCUGGGCGGAGACGCGAGCGAUAGGCAAAGCCGCGGAUUUUUGGAUGACUGGCUGUUCAGAGGGCUGGGCGACGCGAGCUCGACGUCUGCGGCGCAAAACUUGAAUAGUGCGGAACCAGCAGAGACUCGCAUUCGCUCGUUGCCCCCAGUGUCUCACGACGACACAGCAGCGCAUGUUUCCGGCGCGUUUGAGUCGGAUAAUGAAGGACCUGAGACAGGCGAAGGAACACUGGGGCGAAGAGCGUCCAUCUCAAGUCUUCCAGAGACGGAGGCAGGAUUCGACGCUAUGCGAUCGCGCGCGGCCUCCCCUUGGGGCCCUCCAGCGGCUGAUCAGGAAGCGCUCGAUGCGGCUGCAGCUACUAGACCCAGCAGUCGGACCAGCCGUCCAGGCAGCCGUGCCAGUCAGUCUUCGAGAUCGGGCCGCCACGGCUCUAGGCGAUAUGCAGGGCGACGAAGCGAGGAUGCCAAGCGCUUUCCCAUGUCGACGCACUACGCUUCAGGAGUCUUCGAACACGAAGGCUUUUCCUUGGAUGCUGAAGGUACUAGCACCUUUGCCGACCUCAUGCGUCAACGACGAAGCUUCGAUCUGGAUGACAUGAUGCCGAUCCAGCUGGCCUCGAGCGAUCCCGUACCCCCUGUGCCCCGCCUAGACGCCGACAAGGACAAGUACUCCCGUAGAUCGAGGAUGACCUCGAAAGACGAGCUCAGCGACUCCCCCGCCAACAUGACCAAAGUCCUUCCUGAACUCGAAGUGGAGGCGGAGGAGAAGGAUGUCAGCGUCCGUGCUAGCCUGACCACCUCGAGCCCCGGCCCUGACAUGUACGCGUGGCUGCCCGCUGCAGUGAGGCAUCUUGGUGAGUACCACGGGGCCAUGCUCUUCAAAGCGCGCAUUGGACGUGCAUACACGCUGACCUUUUUCACUGUCUAUUCAGGCCCAUUCCUGCGGGGAGAUAACACUUCCACAGUAUUCGGCGAGCUGUCAAAAAUCGGCGAAGGGGAAUCGGGAGACGUCUAUUCUGCCUGUCCGCUGCGAAAGGGCAGUGGACCGGUUGCGAUAAAAGUGAUUCGAGUCGAACAGAGCACAGCGGAACGGGACGUCAUGUCGAGGCUAGGACAGCUGGACAAAGAGCUUGCUUUGUGGAAGCAGAGUGGGCACGCCAACGUGCUUGGUUUGCACGAUGUCUACUACUCCGCAGAUGGCGUUGCGCCGGGCAUUUGGGUCGCUCAAGAUCUCAUGUCGAUGUCUCUCGCCGACAUUAUCGCGCUUCGGCCUGCAGGCAUCGAGCUUUCAGAGUCCUCAAUGAGUCGAAUCGUCCUCGACGUCUCUAGCGCUUUGGACUUUUUGCACUCGAGAAACAUUGUUCACCGAGACGUGCGUUCUGACAACAUUCACCUCGAUGCGGAGGGGAUUGCCAAGCUGGCCGACUUUACGCAUGCGGCCCAGCUUGCGCAGAGUCCAAGUCCUCUUAGCAAGCGCACGUCGGUGAUAGGCACAGCAUACUGGAUGGCUCCAGAGGUGGUCAAGGCGGAACCGUAUGACACCUGCGCGGACAUUUGGUCCCUUGGAGUCGUCAUAUAUGAAAUGAUUGAAGGCGACCCGCCUCGAGUAGAUUUUCCGGCGCUGCGUGUGGGUACAUUUCGUUUCGCUGACGUGCAUGCACGAUCCAGGGCGAGUUGACCUCUCGGCUGACUUUCGUCCCAAUCGCGCUUCGCAGGCCAUCACUUUGACCGCCAAGCUGGGUCUACCACCAUUGACAUCACCAGAGAAAUGGUCCGCCGCGCUUCAGCAAGUGUUGUCUUGGUGCACCGAAAUGAACCCGUCCAACCGGCCUACGGCUGGCGCUCUGGCUCCUGUGAGUAGGUUUUGGGGAGCUAUGGAGCAAGAGCGCCGACCUGCGACUUUGCUUACUCCGUCCUUCCCUCCCCUUGAACAGAGCGAGUUUUUAUCAAAAGCUUGCCAUCCUGCGCAGCUUGCCGCGCUCAUCACGACGGCCCAAGCAGUCGAGGCGGACGCGGCUGCUGAGGAGGAGCUCGUAACGUCGGACGAUGCGGAUGACACAAUGGAUCUGAUCGACGCCCAUCUGCACGAUCGAACUCGCGACUCUUGGGCCUCACAAAGCACUAUUCAGGGGUGA